AUGGCGAUUGCUUGCCUGUGUCCAACGCUCAGAUACCUCAACAUAUCACAUUGUUACUUUUCCGGCGAGUUACAAAACUCAGAGCGACUAGAACCUGAUUUCCAACAAGGACGUUUAUUACAGAUGGAGCAUAUGGACAUGGGCACCUGCCGCCUCGACAAGAUUGAUAUUUCUGGCGUCUACAGAAUAAGCAUCCACAGUUUCAUCUGGAUUCUGUGUCGCUGUCCAAACCUAAAGAACCUCAGAGCUUAUGCUUCAGCAGUAACAUUAUCAGCAUUCCUACGCGCAUGCUUCAUCUACUGUCCAGACAUGUCGGUGAUCAAGUACAGUCCUGCAAGAGAAACAGCAGUGAUUACGCAUCCGACCAUCAAUCAACGUGGGAUACUGUUACGAGGACGCGAUCUGUACAACAUGAAUGCCAGUAAACUCGUCUCGCUUGUUUUGCACGGCACCGUCAUCAAUAAGCCAUUGAUGGAGUUUGUGAUUGAUCAGUGUUAUCAGACGAUCGAAUCAUUGCAAUUGUCUAAUAACUGGAUGUUGCAAAAUGAUACCCUUUAUUAUCUGGCACAGCGACGACCACCGCGGUUACGCUCCUUGGUGCUUUCGUCCUGUGCCAAUUUUCAGGCGGAUGCGCUCGUGUGUUUGAUUCGCGCUUGUCCUCAUAUCCAAUCCUUUCGUCUAAGUCGUGCAACGGCAGGCGUGACGGAUGAGUCCCUUUAUCAGAUACUCGAUGCGCUACCUGAUCUGCAGUACCUCAACGUUGCUCAUUGUCCGCGGUUGUCCAUAGAUGCCUUACAGUUUUUAAAAGACCAGGCUAAAGUCAGAAGAAUUCACAUUGUUAUAUAG